GCGUGGAGGAAACUGCCCCGAGGCAAAAUCUAACCACCUCACUUGUGCGCUGAUCGCGCUCUAGCAUUAACUGUUUAAAAAGUGGGACCAUUACUUCACUCUUAACCAUUUAAGAAACCAACAAGCCAAUUUUUACAAUCAAAAAAAUUUUUCUCCAAACAAUUAAUUAAAAAUUAAUUAAUGUGUGACGUAAAAUAAAUAAAAGUGAGGAGUGACAUGUGUGACAAUUUAGUGAAUAAUUAAAACUGUAAUAGACAACUUAUAAAAUUAAAGUGCAAGUAAUCGAGCGUUAACUUCACUUAAUAAAACAUACCACAGAGGAGGAGAUAACAUUUGUAUUUUAUUUUUUAUUGUAAUUAUAAUUAUAAUUAUUGUUGAUGCCAGCGUAAAUGAUAGCAACGAACAAAGAUACUUUAAAGUGUAACGCAUUUUAUUUUACAAGUAUUUUAAUUGUAAUUGUAAUUGUUUACACUAGCUGACCGUUUUCUCAGCUAUUUUUUAGGGUUUUUUAUUUUUUAAAAUGAACGUAAUUAUGGGGGAAAAUUCGGACUUAAUUCCUCCAAUUGCAAAUAAUAAUAACAAUAGUGUGAGUAAUAAUAAUAAUAAUAAUAAUAAUAAUAAUAAUAAUAAUAAUAAUAGUAAUGAGAAUAAAAAUGUAGCUAAUGUUAAAAGUGCGAGUGAAAGUAUCGCGGGGGGUGUGAAGGGUGCAGAAAUAAGCAAAGCUGUCGCAAAAGUCCUGGAUGGUUAUGACUGGACACUAGUACCUGUUGCUACCAAAGGAACAAGUGAUAAAAGAGCGGCGCAUGUAAAAAGGCCGAUGAAUGCCUUCAUGGUAUGGGCCCAGGCUGCGAGAAAAAAACUCGCUGAUCAGUACCCACAGCUUCAUAACGCCGAGUUGUCUAAAACUCUUGGUAAAUUGUGGAGACUUCUGUCGGAGAACGACAAAAAACCUUUCAUCGAAGAAGCGGACCGGCUGAGAGUUAUCCACAAGCGGGAACAUCCUGACUACAAGUACCAGCCGAGGCGCAGGAAGCAAAACGGCCCUGGUCGGGAAAAUUCACCCUCCCGCGGGUCCAACGCCGGCCAAAACCAUCACAAUCAUAAUAACAAUCAUCUAAAUCAUAAUAAUAAUCAUCUAAAUCAUAAUCAUCACCUAAGCCAUCAUCACAACCAAGGACAGCAGGGAGGAAACAUGGGGUUCGUGACGAGCCCGCUGAAGCAAGAAGACCUGAGCCCGCGCGGCAUCCAAGCUCCGAAUUCCCCGCAAAGCAGAGUGAGUUCCUCGCCUCCCACGACGCCGAAUCAAGGCCUGUCACCUCCUACACCACCGACGACGCCUCGAGGGCACCACUUUGUCAAUCAGGCGCUGACACACCAGCAACACAUCCAUUACCAGCAAGAGCUUUCAGCCUCUUCAAUGUCCGACUCUUCCCAACAGCAGAGUACCAUGGACCUGAGUAGAUUCAUCGACGUAACCGAGGUUCCCCUGACCGAGGAGCCUCCCAUAAGCAGCCUCAGCCCCCUAGUGAACCUAAAUUUGCCCCUCAAUCUCCAGGAAUGCGAAGUUGAGAGCAGCGAGCUGGACCAGUAUCUCCCCCAGCAAGUGCUCUCCGUUCAUCAGUACCAAAAUCCCCCUGCGAAUCCGUCCCCUUGGCUGAUAAAUCGAUACGAAGAAGACAACGACAGGCCCAACAAAAGAUUCUGCUCGGAAUCAAUACCCGAAGUCUCUUGGGAAGAUCGACAGGACAUGAUACGUUAUCACGAGCUUCAGCCGCCUUUGCCCUCGGUACAAUACAUUUCCGCGCCUCACCACCCACAUUCAAACAACCAGGUCACCCAUUCUCAUGUUAACAGUCCUUACAUGCAGUACGCGAGCCAUCGCUACGUACCUAGCAUCGAAACUUGGCCCAAUUACUUAUAAUCCACACUAACUUUAACAUAAUAUAAAUAUUAAAUAUUA